AUGGAGGAGAUCAGAAAUACACAUCUCCCUCAGGGCAUUAUUUAUGAGAUAUUGAGUAGACUUCCCAUAGAAUCAGUCCUCCGAUGUAUGAGUGUAUGCAAGCUCUGGUCUGCCUUUCGACAUGAUCCUUAUUUCAUCCAUCUCCACCUCACUAAAUCCAUGAUUCAUCAACAACCCAGUCUUGUUCUUGAACCAUCAUCACUAAUAGCGUCCACUGAUGAUAAGGUCAGUAGCCUACUUAUGUUGAGUCCUAAUGGAGAAGAAGGUGGUGGUUUAGAUUGGAAAGUAAGACACAUACCAUUAGGUUUUGAACUAGAGAGUUGCUUUAAUAUUGUGGGUUCUUGCAAUGGCAUUCUCUGUAUAGGGGCACGUGAGGUUUUGGCUCCUAUCUUCCUUUUCAAUCCCAUUACAAGAGAAAGGAAGAUGUUGCCCAAAUCAUUUAUUGUUUUGCCCCCCACAUACUCAGGUCCAAUAAUAAAUAGUUUUGGUUUUGGCUUUGACAGCUUGAGCAAUAAAUAUAAAGUGGUCAGAAUUUAUAAAUUAUCUGAUGUUAUGUAUGAUUAUAGUGACAACCAGGAUGUUAGAUAUUGUGAGAUAAUUACAGUGGGUGAUAGUUCAUGGAGAAAGUUAGACUUGCCAAGAACAAUACAAGACCAAUAUGACUAUGGAUAUCAUCUAUAUCAAUAUGACACAAAUUCGGUGAUUUUGGAUGGAACUAUCUAUUGGAUCAUCAAAAAAUAUUUUUUGGAUAGCUCCGACGACUGCGAAUACAUUCUUGCGUUAGACAUUGACAGUGAGAAGUUUUGGACUAUUGAUUGUAAUCCUCCUAGAGAAUAUAAGCAAAGAGAAUCUUUAAUUCACAUGGAUGGAUCUAUUGCCAUAAUUGAUUAUGCCUACACAAGUCCAUGGUCUGCUGAUAUAUGGUUACUUAAGGGUAGCAAGUCCAUGGGGUUCUCUUUUACUUUAAUUACUUAUGAUAUGUCUGGACUAGGUCUUUUGGGAGACUAUUUCUCAGUUCUGUCUAAACAUGGCCAUGAUACAUUCCUGCUAAGGUUAUGGAAAUGGAAGUUUGUGGAAGGAAAUCAAAGACUUGAGUCCACCCUUCUUCUCUACUCUCCGGUGAAGAAGCAGUAUUCAUUUGUUCAAGCAGGACAUUGGAAAGCUGAUAUGUUGGUUGAUAGGUUGCUGGAAACUUGGAUGGUGCCGACCCUUGCUCGAGUAUAA